CCGCCCUCAUCCCCCCGAGUCCGUGGGUUCGAGUCCCGGGCUGGCCGCGUGGGUUCCGCGGGGGUGGUGUGAGUGGGGGAUGAACCCCGAGUGUGCCGCUGCAGGGGGUCCCGAGGAGCACAACAUGGCCACCUCCUUCUGCAGCAGCAGUCUUAGGCUGCCUGAGGGCUUCCAGGACCUGCUGGAAGGGCUGGCGCUGGAGGUGUUGCGAGCCCAGCCCAGUGACGUGGUGGCCUUUGCAGCUCAGCACUACCAGGCCCUACUGGAGAGGAGGGAGGGAGAGAAGCAGGAAAAGGAAAAGGCAGACAAGGAGCGGGAUGAGUUGAAGGAGGCUGCUGAGCAGGACAAGGAGUCAGGAGACAGCACCACAUCUCUGGGUGCAGGAAAACAAGAAGGAUGGAUGGAGGAGAAAAAGAAUGAUGCCAACCAGGAUCCUACCUCUCCAGCAUGCACUGCUCCCCUCUCAGCAUCAAAUGUCCCUUUUUAUUUUUAUUUUUAUUUCUUUUUUUAAUUAAGAAGUUUUUUUAACACCUCAGGGCCACCAUCUCAAGCCAUGACAGGGGGU